UGACUCCGGGCCUCCGCAAGAACCUCUUUGUGCCUAGUGUCCUGUGCACACUCCUUGCAAGCGACGGCGCCAUGAGUCUGACUUCCAGCGUACGAGUUGAAUGGAUCGCAGCAGUUACUAUUGCUGCUGGGACAGCUGCAGUUGGUUAUCUAGCUUACAAAAGAUUUUAUGUUAAAGAUCAUCGCAACAAAUCUAUGGUAAACCUUCACAUCCAGAAAGACAACCCCAAGAUAGUACAUGCUUAUGAUAUGGAGGAUUUGGGAGAUAAAGCUGUGUAUUGCCGUUGUUGGAGGUCCAAAAAGUUCCCAUUCUGCGAUGGAUCUCACACAAAACACAAUGAAGAGACUGGCGACAACGUGGGACCUCUGAUCAUUAAGAGAAAGGAAACUUAAAUAGACAGUUUUGACACUGCAAACAAACUUAGGAUGUUUUCUGAUUGUUUAAUUAGAAUGACUACAACUUCUGUCUAAUUCGCCUCCCCUGGGUCCUAGAUGUGGUCUCUUGGAAACUGCAGCUUUCAUAUUCAUGGCAUUUGCCUUACUUGUUGAACCAUUGUGGUGCACAUUUGUUAAAACGUAAAAAGGAAAAAGUAAAAACCAA